AUGGCAGGCCUGGCCACUCCACCGCCGACCGGCGCCCCCCUCCCCAGCCGGUCUAACUCUCCCCUACUCCGGUGCCCCCGCCCACCGAGGCGUCCCGACCUGCUCCCGAGGGUCCCAGACAGGGGGCAGGGAGGGGCGCGCCCGCCUCCGGAAGGGGUCGGGGAGAGGCAUGGGGUAGGGGAAAGACCCAUCUGCGCCCGGACACCCACACGCCCGAGUCCCAGUCCCCUCCUCACGCCCCCGCCCCCCGGGUCCGAGCCCCCUCGACUUCGGAGUUACCCAGUUACCCCGCGCGGGUCGCCGCCUGUUCGUAGCGCCGCGCCCGCCACGCGGCACCCAGCCCCCGGGGGCCCCGCCCCCGCCGCCUCAGCCAAUCCGCGGCGCGGCCGCCCUGGAGCCUGCCAAUCCGGGGGCGCGGGAGGCGCCGAGGGGCAGUUGCAUCAUCCGCUCACCCCCGCCCCCGACCGCGGGGGCCCAGUCGCCGCCCUCCUCCCUAACCUGCACCCCACCUCCGCCCCCACCCCCGCCGGGCCCCUGCGCACCGAAAGCCGCGCCCCACGGGACUGCCCGUGGGGACUGAAGGCGCCGGGGGAGAGCCAGCAGAAGCCGGGCCCUCAAAGAGCGGCCCUGGGCUGGGAGUCCCCUUUCGGGGCCCUGCCGUUGGACACGGACACGUCAGGCUGGCAUCCCUGA